UCGCAAUAACUGUUUGAACAAACUUGAAUCACAAUUGGUUACUAACUGUAAAGCCACUGUCAUGGUGAUCAACGAGAAGCGCAGGUUAAAAGAGGUCGAUUGUCAUAGUCCAUGCGCGAUGGGAUCGACUUCGUGACUUUGGUCUUUGGAAGCACAGUGUUCACCAGGCUGUCAAGUGCCAUGGCUAACAGUGAUUGCACCGGCUUCUCGAUAUUACAGACAACAUUGUCCUAUUCAAAACGCUCCAAGGUUUGCACAAUUGUGCAGGCUGCGUGGUUCAUGUAUGUCUCAGCUGUCAAAGUCAACCUCGGACGAGGACCGCAUGAAACGCGGGAUUUGCCAUGAACGACAAGUCCGUUCUAAUGCAUCGCACUUGAAGUGUCUUGGACCAGUUGUCGGAGUGACUGCC